CGAGUAUCUUGAUCUUUUGUCAGCCUUACACGCUCAUAAGUUCUACCGGAGACAGAUGAGGCUGUAUCGCGCGCCCGCCGCUCCCUGGCUGGUCGCUCUGCUGCACCAUCUGCAAGAGGAACCAUGGGGCCGUCUAAUUGAGCAGAUAACCUAGCACUGGACCUUGCACUGGCUCCGCUUGCCACUCUAUCAACUGCCCUCCUUUCCAUUGAUGAGCGCGACAUGGGCCUCACUGACCCGGGCCGUCCGCUAGAGACCGCAGGACCUGUUUCUAGGUUUGUUGUUCUUGUUACCUUUCUGGUCGCUUUCUUUUCGCGUCGUUGCCUGCACGUGUCUGAGAUCUCGAAAGACCCCGCAAUCAGGCCUAGGACGCAUCAGCUAUUGACUCUUGUACAGGACUUGAAAGCAAAGGGCCACCUCUAUCAGACUGCUCAAUACCGUCCAUGAUCGACCCAAAGCAAUUCCCGUUCAAGUCAGCCAAUUUGGCCGGCGUCCAGUACGGAUAUGUGGACUUGCCUGCAAAGGGCAAGCAAAUCGAUACCUGUGUGCUUGUUCAUGGCUGGCCCGACUCCUGGUAUGGCUGGAGGCAUCAGAUGCUGGCUCUCUCAGAAGCUGGCUAUCGCUGCUUGUGCAUCAGUCAAGUUGGAUUUGGAGCAGGCACAGAGAAUCCAACUGAUUUGAAGCAGUACACCUUCAAGGCUGUUGCCGGCCACCUCUCGGCGCUCCUCACAAUCAACAAGAUUCGCCGUGCCGUCUUCAUUGGGCAUGACUGGGGCGGCAUGGUUGCUUGGCGCAUGUACAACUAUUUUCCGAAGCAAGUCUCUGCACUGAUGGUCAUCUCCACACCCUACUACCCACCAGCAAAAGGCGCGUUUGUCAGUCUUGAAGGUCAGGCAAAGGCACUCAAGCAGUUUGCGUACCAAAUCUAUCUGGCUUCUGAUCAGCCAGCCAAAGAUAUCAAGACGCGUGCUGAUUUUGUCAAGUUCUUCAAUGCUGUGUAUGCGCCUGGCAAGGGCAUGAACACUGACUUUAUGAGACUUGCAAAGAUGGACAGCUACCCGGAAACAAGCAUGGUUCCACAGGAUGAAUUUGCAGUCAUGGUUGAUCAGUACUAUAAAAAUGGCAUCACACCAUCAACUGGUUGGUACAAGACCCGCAGGCUCAAUUACGAUGACGAUGUCAAUGACUUCAAGGGCAUUGAGCCGAAAGUGGAAGUCCCGACGUUGUUCUUUGCAACUGCUCUGGACCCUGUGCUCAAGCCUGAGCUAUCUAUUGGUAUGGAGAAGCAUAUCCCUAGGCUGACACGCAAGGUUAUCCAGACCGGACACUUUGGUCAGGUUGAGAAGCCAGACGAGGUGAAUCGUGAAAUGCUGGAGUUCUUGAAGCGGCUUGAGUUUGAAAAGAUGAGGCACUCCAUCUGACCUGUUCCAGGGGAGCUUUCGACUCGAAGCGUUCCGUGGAUUUCUUGAAACUGCAGACGUUUAUGACUAUGGCCUAUAGUUGACUGUAUCUCAUAGCUAUUUAAGAAGCCUACGAGAGCCAUGUAUCUUGGCGUUAAUGACCGAGUUGCCGGGGUCGACAUACCCUGCUGUGACUGCUCUAGACUUGUGGACGACUGAGGGAUCUCGGGAAGCCGCAGAAUCGAAGGUGGUGUUGCAAUUAAGAAGCCAGUCGAGGACUGUGACAGAAACUCUGAGUAAUUGAGAGAAUAGAAGGGGCUGAGGUUGAGCCCAAAUGGGCCAGCAUUUGG